AUAAAAUUCGCCCUUGAGAUAGCAAACGGACUUGAACACUUACAUAAAUUUGAAAUAAUACAUUGUGAUUUGCAUCCUAAAAACAUUCUUGUUGACAAUGGUGUAUUGAAGAUAACUGAUUUAGGAUGUUCAAAGAUUUUUCGUGAAAAUUCGUUAUCCAACUCAAAUCCUUGUGGAAUAAUUGAAUUUAUUGAUCCUCAAUGCUUCAUCAGCUCGCGCAAAAAAUUCAAGAGAAAUUAUAAAUCAGAUAUAUAUAGUUUUAGCAUGAUCAUGUGGUUUAUUUCUACUGGACGCAAGCCUUUUAAAGAUUCUAAUAAAUUUACCCUUGCUCAAAAGAUACUUGAAGGAUUAAGAGAAAAAGAUUUACCUCAAAAAACGCCCCACGAAUACAUUAAUAUCUAUCAAAG